UUAGAUACAUCACUGCUGUGUAGACCUAUUGCACUUGUGCCCUUCCAGUAACUGAUGUGUUAAACUGAGACGGGCUACAUGAAGCUACACGAAGGGAUCUGAAGAAGGGAAUAUAUACAAUAAAAUAUUAAUAAGUGGAUAAUCAGUAUGACCUCACAGUUCCACAUUAUAGGCACCUUUGGUCGGGCUGGAGGCUAAGUACUGCAGGCCUUCAGACCUAAAUGAAAUGGCAGAUCGAUUGGCCUAAUUCACAUGGCUAACCUAGAUCUAUGCUAUAUUGUUUCUGACAUCUUUGUAUUUUUAAGUCCUUGUUUUCCUGUCAGUGCUCAUGUCUCUCAGUAAGAGACCUGGUCUGACCGCACUGCAAAGAAGAUCAUUAGAAGUCUCUGUGGUAAGCUAAGCUGGUCGACUCAGGUGGUACAUUUACUAGCCUGGCUGAAAUUGCACUGCCUAAACAGCUAGAAUGCAAAAAGUAGCCAAAACCCAGAAGCACGCCACUGAAAAACAGUGCCAGAAAGGUUACAGAAAACAGUGCGCGGCUGAAUCGGUUACUACAGCUGUCGAGAGUAUGACGCAGCUUUAUAUCAUCAAUCACUGAUCGGGCACAAUUUUCCUCGACAGCCGUUUCUUGGGGACACGGCCAGAUGCGGCGUUGGCCGUAUUACACCCAAAACGAGACAUAUAUAAACAACAAUAACAAACAAGCCAAAUCAAACAGGGAGCAGAGCAAUCACAGCCUAUGACGUAUAGCAGCUUUACAAUAUGUAAGGUAUGUUUAAUUUUGUUAGCGGAGGACUGUCUCUGAUUUCCAGUGAGGCUGUGCGCACUCCUAAUAAAAUCUAAAUAUCAGAUUGCAGUCAGUGCAACAAACAAACGCCUGUUGCAGCAGCACGUAAAAUGCGUUUCCCUGCAGUGCGAGGAAAACAUUAACUCCCUUUUUAGUGAAACAGCUCGUGCGUUCGAGUAGAAAUUGUGUGGUUUAAUUUCACUAGGCCGUUUAAUGAGCUGUUAAUAUAGUACAGAGCCCCCUGGGCAUGAGAGCUCCUAGUAGGUUAGCCGCAGCGAGUCAGUUUACAAAGGAAAACAACACAAAACAAAGCAUGGAGUUACUUUUUGCUGACUUAGCUUACAUUAACUGUUUCUCUCUCACUCACAUUAACUGUAUAAAGGCUUAUUCGGAACUAGAAGGGCUUGGUUUGAUGAGGAAUAAAUAACUAUAAAGGAAUAAAACAAACUGUGUAUCAAUAUGUGUUGUAAAAACAGUUGAUUUCGAGAAGUACCAUACAAAAACUCACGGAAAGCCAAAAACAAUAUUAAUUUUUAAUUGAUAAAGUUUUAAUCUCUAAUGCUCACAAAUGGACGCAUUAUGGGCUCUGGUUGAAGCCAGUGCCCAGGGUCUGCUAGCAGCCAGAAGGCAGGCCACACAUCCGUGCCCCUGAUUGGCCAGCAGGCCGAGGCCACGCCCCUUCGUAGUGGUGGCCAUUAUUUACAUGUACAGCUUCAAAGUACAGUAAGUCAUGAAGACAAGCGGCAGUGGCAAUCAUUCACCCUGUAAACUGCCCGUCUCUAAUAGAUGCACCUAAUGUCCUCGUGCUCAGACUGUUACUCAGGCGGAGACCUGACUUUCAGAGCGAAAGCAUGCGAGGAAGAGCCUCCGCCGUCCACAGGAGAGCCCCGAGGGAGAGCAGCGCCCGCUCCCCUGGAUCACGUUACUGACAUCAAUCUAACAUCGGGUCUGGAGGCUGGGCUGCACUGGCCCGGCUUCGCGCUCGGUCGUGCUGGACUCUGGGGGUGCUGCACAGAAGAUGAAGACUCAGAGGUGCCCGAACAGCUCAUGGUCCCCGAGCGCAAGGGCAGCGCCUUCUUCUGCUUUGAGGAGCACAGCCAAAACAGGACAACUCCACUCGCCUACAUCAGUUCCCGAAGUUUUACACCGUCUCAGGGCAGCUGUUCAGAGGGGGCGUCUCGCUCACAGGACACGAGAGGUGUAGCUUUUAACACGUUCGACUGGAUGAGGGCUAAAAGAAAGCACACACAAAGUUGCUCACUGGCGUGUGAAUUAACCAGGACCGCUACCGCGCGAACAAGCUUCACCACCCAGCAGCUGACCGAGCUGGAGAAAGAGUUUCACUUCAACAAAUACAUCAGCAGGUGCAGGAGAGCCGAGAUAGCGAGGAACGUGAGCCUGAGCGAGAGGCAGGUGAAGAUCUGGUUUCAGAACAGACGGAUGAAGCAGAAGAAGAGAGAGAAGGAAGGCCUGAUGCCCCGCUGCUCCAGCCCGGACUCCCCGCCCCGCGCGCACCUCCUCCUGCCGCCCAAAAAGUGCCUCUGUGCUUGAAUUGAACUGAAUUGAAUUCAAAGUUUCCUGCCACUGAGCAGAACGCGUCCUCUCAGUUACUUGCUUGCACUGUUUUUUAAUCAUUGAUUAAUAUUGCAUUAUUGCCUUAUUAAGUAAGUUAUUACUGCCUUAUCACUGAGCCUCUUUGAUCUUUAGUCUGUUGAUACUAUGUGCCUCACAUAUAACUUUUGAGUGCCUUUAAAAGCUCGCUUCGUUUACAAUGCAAUGCAUUUUUCCAUUGUGUACGUUUGUAAAGAUUUACUAUAACCUUAGAAAUGACUAACAGUGUCUUAAAGAAAGCCUUUCAGUAUGUAGAUGAAUUGUGUCCCAAACCUGUACUGUAUAUCUGUACUAAGAAUAUGGUGGUAAUAAAUGCAGAAAAAUCAUA